AUGGUGAGUCGCUCGGCGCAACUGCCAAACACCCAUCUCCGCAAGGAGUGGCAGCGGUACGUUCGCACCUGGUUUAACCAGCCUGCGAGAAAGCAGAAGAGGCGUCUGGCGAGACAGCAAAAGGCCGCCAAGAAUGGCAUCCGGCCUGUCGGUCUGCUGCGGCCCGUGGUGCACUGCCCGACACAGAAGUACAACAUGAAGGUUCGAGAGGGCAGAGGCUUCACCCUCGAAGAGCUGCAGGCCGUCAACAUCUCUCGGCGUGUCGCUUUGUCUAUGGGCAUCGCCGUGGAUCAUCGCAGACGCAAUAAAUCCCAGGAGUCCGUGAUUGCAAAUAUCAACAGACUGAAACUCUACUUGAGCAAGCUUGUCCUCUUCCAGCGUGGAUCGAAGGCCAAGAAGGGUUGCGCCGGCGUACCUGCCGACACCCCGAAGUCGCAGAUCCAGAACGUCAAACAGACGGCAAUGGCCACUGCUCUUCCCAUCGAGCAGCCUCACAGGAAGAUCCGCGCCCGUGUGAUCACCGAGGAGGAGAAGAAGUUCCUUGCGUAUGCCACGCUGAGGAGGCAACUCAGAAACGCCAAGACUGUCGGCAAGCAGGCGAAGAGGCUCGCAGAGAAGGCAGCGGCGGAGGCCGCGAAGAAAUAA